AUGACUGACAUUCUCAAUAUCGGAGAUGAGCCAAUCUUCGACGAUCGUAUCGUCAAGAUUGAGACUCACUCGUACAAUCCAUACGCCAACACUGCGUUAGGAUAUAGCGACGAAAUAAGGAUACCUAUACAGCAGCAGGAUUUAUACACGUUGCCGUACGAAAGUUUUCUUUACAUUGAGGGAAAACUUAAAAUAAAAGAACCAGCUGAGGGAUCCAAUGUGGUGUUAGGAAAUAAUUGCAUUGCGUUCAUGUUCGAUGAGAUUCGAUAUGAACUCAAUGGCGUGGAGAUUGAUCGCAACAGAAACGUAUUUGGAAUAACCAGCACGCUCAAGAACUAUGUUACUAUGUCAUCCGACAGAAGCGUAAUCGCGAGAAAUGCCGGCUGGGAUCCAUGGAAUUCUCCAAAUGGAUAUUUUAAUUUUUGUGUACCGCUCAACAUGCUAUUGGGAUUUUGCGAAGAUUAUAGACGUGCGGUGAUUAACGCUCGUCACGAGUUGAUUUUAAUACGAUCACGCAAUGACAACAAUUGUCUAAUUGGCGAUCCAGCGCGGCAGCCGGAAAUCGAAUUGCUCAAAGUACAGUGGCGAAUGCCGCAUGUGUCGUUGAGUGAGAAAAAUAAACUGUCGAUGCUACGUGCACUAGAAAGUGGGAAAUACCUGAGCAUGGCUUUUCGCUCGUGGGAUCUGUACGAGUUUCCACUAUUGCAGCUUACGACAAAGCAUUCAUGGGCCAUCAAGACCGCUACUCAGCUCGAGAAACCGCGAUAUGUCAUCUUCGCUUUACAGACUGGUCGGAAAAACAACAUGUCCGAGACUGCUAGUCGAUUCGACCAUUGCAAGUUAAACAACAUAAAACUCUACCUGAACUCGGAAUGCUACCCCUAUGAAGAUAUGAAUCUAGAUUUUGAUAGAAACAAAUGGGCUAUUCUCUACGACGCUUACGCACGUUUCUGUAAAACUUAUUACGGAUACGAUUAUCUCGAGCCUAAUCAAACUGUUACGAUGUUUCGACAAAAUGGCCCUUACAUAAUUAUCGAUUGUUGUCGGCAAAACGAAUCGAUCAAGAGCCGUGGAUGUGAGAUUGGAAUUUGA